UACAGUGUACGUAAGCGCUGCAGUAUGUGGCCCCGCCCCUCCCCAUUAACGGCAAAAUGGCGACUGAGAGCUGUGAUGCUGUGAACACGGACUCUGACAUGGAACUGCUCAGUGACGAGGAAUUAGAAAGGGAAGCAGAGGGCUUCAAGGAGCAAGGCAAUGCCUUUUAUAUCAAGAAGGAUUACGCAGAAGCAUUCAAUUAUUAUACCAAGGCCAUAGACAUGUGUCCGAAGAAUGCAAGUUACUAUGGAAACCGGGCAGCCACACUAAUGAUGUUGGGUCGGUACAGAGAGGCUUUAGAGGAUUCCCAGCAAGCAGUACGACUAGAUAACACCUUCAUGAAGGGCCAUCUGCGAGAGGGCAAGUGCCACCUGUCCCUCGGCAAUGCUAUGGCUGCCAGCCGCUGUUUCCAGAGGGUUCUGGAGCUGGAGACUGACAACUGCCAGGCCCAGCAGGAGCUGAAGAAUGCAGAAUCCAUCCUUGAAUAUGAGAGAAUGGCAGAGAUUGGAUUUGAGAAGAGAGACUUCAGGAUGGUUGUUUUUUGCAUGGACCGUGCCUUGGAGUCUGCCCCAGCUUGUCACAGAUUCAAGAUACUGAAGGCAGAGUGCUUAGCCUUGCUGGGACGCUACCCUGAGGCUCAGUCUGUAGCCAGUGAUAUUCUGCGAAUGGACUCCACUAAUGCAGAUGCGCUGUAUGUGCGUGGUCUUUGUCUCUAUUAUGAGGACUGCAUUGAAAAGGCUGUUCAGUUCUUUGUCCAGGCCCUACGAAUGGCUCCAGACCAUGACAAGGCUCGACUCGCAUGCAGAAAUGCCAAAGCACUAAAAGCCAAGAAGGAGGAGGGGAACAAGGCGUUCAAGGAGGGAAACUUUGAGGCAGCCUAUGAGCUGUACUCUGAGGCGCUAACAAUAGACCCCAACAACAUCAAGACUAAUGCCAAGCUGUACUGUAAUAGGGCCACUGUUGGAUCUAAGCUGAAGAAACUAGAACAGGCCAUUGAAGACUGCACAAAGGCCAUUAAACUGGAUGAGACCUACAUCAAGGCCUAUUUACGGAGAGCACAGUGCUAUAUGGACACAGAGCAGUAUGAAGAGGCAGUGAGAGACUAUGAGAAGGUUUACCAGACAGAGAAGACAAAAGAACACAAGCACCUCUUGAAAAAUGCCCAGCUGGAGUUGAAGAAAAGCAAGCGGAAAGAUUACUAUAAAGUGCUUGGAGUGGAUAAAAACGCCACAGAAGAUGAGAUCAAGAAAGCUUACCGCAAACGAGCGCUUUUACAUCACCCAGACCGUCACAGCGGAGCGAGUCCUGAGGUGCAGAAGGAAGAGGAGAAGAAGUUUAAGGAGGUGGGCGAGGCUUUCAGUGUACUUUCAGAUGCAAAGAAGAAGUCUCGCUAUGACAGCGGUCAGGAUCUGGAGGAUGAUGGCAUGAACAUGGGAGAUUUUGAUGCCAACAACAUUUUCAAAGCAUUCUUUGGAGGCCCAGGGGGGUUUAGUUUUGAAGCAUCUGGACCAGGAAAUUUCUUCUUCCAGUUUGGUUAAUUGGAGGAUUCAUCUACCUAAACAGUUACUACAUCAGGACUUUUCAACAAUGUCAACCCCCUGAUCCACCAUCCGUAUUUAAUGACCGACUGAUUGCAAGUCAGAUUCUUGUCUAUGCCAUUGACCGAAUGCAACCCACAUGCAGCAAAUGAUUUAAAGCCCAUAUAGCAAGAACAUCAAGAAGGCUGAGUUGAUAGUGUUACUGGUUUUGGAUUUGUUUUUUUUCCUUACAGGAUGAAACAAACUUGAAAGUCAGUAAUUGCUAGGAGAGAUUGUGCAGGUAUUGUAUCAGAACUUUUAGAGAUGACAUCCUGGAGAAAUUGUUGAGAUGCAACUGAGUAUUGAGCAAACUGUUAUCCUGCUCUUCUCAACUUACUGCUGACCGGAUAUUCUUUGUGUGAAAGUUAAUAACUUACUUAAUGAUUUCUGAAGAAAAUCACUGAGCAAGCGACAACUCCUCCUUUUUGAAGAAUCUGUCAGACAGACAGACAGGCUGCUACGAUUCGCACUGAAAACUGACUCUGUCAGAAGCCAAUAUAAGCACGUGAGCAUUUUUUAAAUUCACAACAGCUGGAGCCUAGACCUGCGCAUACAGUACAGCCGAAGCACACUAGAAAGAUGCCAGUGGAGACAGUCGUGCUGGUUUUGUUGCCAGCGAAGUCCUCCUCCCUCUUGUUGUCACACGUUUUAUGUUUGAUGUUGCCAUUCACAGAUUGCUGCAUUGUACAUUUUACUGGAAUGUAAAGUGUUGAUUUGUGAUGAUAGUUGAUUUUGUUCCUUUUUUAUUUUGAUAAUGUAUAUUUAUUGUAAAUUUGCUGUCUAAUAGAACCAUUGGUGUAAGAUGAGGACAAUUUUCGGCUCUCUGCUGAAGUUUGAAAGAGGCACUGAUUAUGAGCAUUUACACAAAAUCAGGAAGAUGUUUUGCUUGGUGUGCAUUACAUAUUGCGCACAAAUAGAUUAUGCUCUGUGUUCUUUGACUGUAAUGCAAGUUUACUAAUUUUACGCAGUGUAGCAGAAAUGCAAAAGAAUAGAACAAAUCUGACCUGUGAUAUGUCCUUGCUGUUGUUUGAGAAGGUCAGGCACUGUGUGAUGAUGGAAACCUGGUCAUUUUCAGUUACUUCCUGAUGAGUGUGUUGUCCUCUUGCUCUUCAGGAAUAAAAGAAAAGUGUCCUCAUCUUUGCUCUUGUUGUUUUUACCCUUGCGGUGAAACUAUCCUCUCUUUACCCUUGAAAAGUACCAGCUAUGUCAAUAAAGUUGGCCACCUCUGGGUUUCCCCUUAAA